AUGGCUUCAAAAUUCAUUGGCUGUGCUCAGGUUUAUCUCAACAAAGCUUUGGCUCUUCAAAAGCCCGUUGUUUACAACACAAAGGUUGCUGUUGAAAUUGCCAAACAAGUAUACAAGAAGGAAGGCAUGGCUUUCCCUUCCGGGGCACAGUUUGCUGAAGCCCAGCAAUCAGUGCAAAAUGCUUUAAAGAUCAAGAAUCUCAAGAACUUGACCUUUUCUGAUGUCGCAAAGGGUGGUGUCAUCUUUGCUGAAAUCUAUACCUUCUUCCUUAUUGGUGAAAUCGUUGGCCGUAGAAAUUUGAUUGGAUACAAUGUCGAGUCUGAAGAGUCUGCUCACCAUUAA